GUCAAAAAUGGCCGUUGGAGAACCUAAACAACAGCUGGCUUGCAUUGAGGAAGAUGCUCCGGAGUGCAGAUAUUUCUCUUUCAGUCCCCCUUGUCUUCAACGCUUCGCACGGCCGGCCUUCUUCGUUUUCAUUGGCUGCAUGUUUUUCUUCAUGGAUGGUUUUGUGGUCGGGAUGUUCCAGGGGGUGUUGACAACCAUUGAGCAUCGCUACCAGUUAAACGUCACUCAGCUGAGCAUGAUAGUUGGAGCCUACUGUAUAGGCGGCGUCAUUGGAAUCACGUGUCUGAUCUUAUUCCUCAGUAGGCCAGAUACCAAUCGAGCACGUGUGAUGGGAAUCUGCUGCUUGUUGAACGGUCUUGCGAUUUGUUCACAAACUAUUCCACAGUUUAUCCAAAGUCCUUACGUUCCUGGAGGUUUUGAGACCAGCAACAACUCGGCAAACGCGUAUCAGGAGGUAGAGAUGGUGUGCAGAGGAGAGCAGGUGGAUGAGAAGCUCUGCACUGAGGAUCAGGUGGCUGAGAACGUGUCUCCCAAUCAGGUUGCUUUCUAUGUACUCUUUUUUGGCUCAAUGCUUGAAGGUGUAUUUUUUACGAUCGUGUUUACCUUAGUGGAAACAUACAUCGCAGAUUCUACAACUCCAGGAAAAACCGCAUUUUAUAUGGGUAUCUUGGGUGCUGUUGGUGGCUUAUCCCCUGUGGCAGGCAUCUUUGUGACUGCAGCAUUCCUUGGUCUGUGGGUUGAUUUCUACAGAGUCCCCUCCUCAGCUGUCCCCGUGUCACCCAAUGACCAUGAGUGGGUGGGAGCUUGGUGGCUAGGGUUCGCCAUGUCUGCGUUAUUGAGUCUGUUACCAGUGGUGCCUUUCUUUGGAUUUCCCAGCGUGAUGAGAAACUCACAAGGCACAGAAGCUGUCAAUGGAGAUGGUUACCAGCAAAUCCAGAAAGUGGUACAAGCUUCCAAACGGGAUACUUUCAAAGAUAGUUUGGUGACGUUUUGGAGGGUGUUGAAAAACCGUGACUGUAUGCUGACGUGCCUCUCUCAAGCGUGCGCUAUCCUCAUUCUGUAUGGAUAUGGAACCUUCGUUCCUAAGUACCUGGAAGUUCAGUUUGAGAUGGCAACCCAACUAGCCGACAUUCUAACGGGUUGUCUACUAGCCCCUGCAUACGCCAUCGGCUACGUUCUGGCUGGAUCCCUCGUCAAACGAUUCAACAUUCAAUACCAAGGCCUAGUCUCCCUCUCGUGCGUCGCACUGGCCCUCGGCGUCAUUGGCUUCACAGUGAUUUUGUUCAGUGGUUGCCAAAAUGAAAACCUUGCCGGUGUCUUCACGCCCUACGUCGGACAAAGUCAUCUUGAUUUAAAGGCGUCCUGCAACUCAGACUGCGCAUGCUCCUUGUCAGUGUACUCACCUGUAUGUGACGGUCAAGGAAUCACCUAUUUCUCAGCGUGCCAUGCAGGAUGUCGAGUCGUCACAGAACAGGAAUACGGCGACUGCUCAUGCUUAACCACUGGGCCAACAAAUACAGCUAUGGACCUUAACGCAAAUGGAACAAGUGUGACUGUUGAGGAGGCCUGUGACAAUCACUGCACACUCGGUGCCUUGUACCUUGUGGUGCUGACCGUUGUGUUGAUGCUGGCCCAAUUCGCACAGCUCAUGCGUUUGAAUGUCGUCAUUCGGUGCGUUUCUCCAGAAGACAGGCCGGUUGCUCUGGGCGUCUACAAUGCGACAGCCCUGUUGGCUAGUGCCCCGGCUAGUUAUGUGUUUGGCGCCAUCAUCGACUCCGCCUGCAUGGUAUGGCAACAAACGUGUUACGGUCAAGGGGCAUGCCUUCUGUACGACAAGGUCUGGUACCGCUUCUCCUAUAAUGGACUUGCCUUGGGAGUUGGGAUACUGUGUCUCGGUUCCAUGCUUAUUGUGUGGAAGUUUCCUUCGUACACAGAUAAAAAGGUCAAUAAUAAUGUGAAGGAAGAGGAAUAUGCAUCGGAAGAAAAGUCUCUGACCGGUCCGAUAUAACACAAUCAAGCAUUUGUGCUAUUUUGGAAAAAAAAUACCUUUUAAUUUGCUCUCGUAUCAGCUUGAUAGUUUUGCUUGAUAAGUAAUAUCA